GUGAAUUUGGCCAUGGCCUCUGUUGAGAACGGGGAUGGAGGGAAUAUCGAUGCCCUUCUUAAGGCUGCAGAAAUUUUAGAGAAGAAACUGUAUCCAAAUGGUGGCUAUGGCACAGCUGAAACGAUUCGGAAUAUUAACGCAGGUCAGUUUGUCGAGUGGUUGAGUUCUGGUGAGCAAGCGAAUGCCGAAAUUUCAAUGGAUUCUAAUAUUGCAUCAACUAUACAUGUAGAACUAGCGAACCUUAUCCAAAUGUCAGGCUGCCAGAAGAUUGCUGACCUCCAAGCAGUAUUUGGCCCUGGUCAUAAAUCAAGUUCUUCCAAAUCAAAACCAACAACUCUGAACUAUCCUGAUGACGACCCGGUGUUUACAUAUCAUCCUAGUACUUGGAAACGUGCUGCACCACUUCUAAGGUCGGAUUGUACUAAUUCAAAGACGCCUCAGAAUCACUGCCAUAUUCUUACGGCUGCCACUGGUGUUAGCCAAUUGUCAGAAUCAUCAUUGGUUGGAGUAACAGGAGAUGAACCAGAUGGACUGUCGAAUACAAGUGUGAAUACUUCUUCCAAGACACCAGAUCCAUUAGUAUUUCAUAAUCAUCAUCCAAUUGAGGCAAAGAAAUCACCAAGAACUCAUCAUCAAAAUCAUUUUUCAGUGCUUGCACGUACAUUAACUGGCUCAGAUAAUAAUGAUAAUGUCAGUCAUAAUAAUUCUUUCCAUCUCAAACAGUAUUUGUCUGAGUCAGUGUUGGUACGCAACAGUUUGGAUUGUUCACAAAUUCUUAAGCAUAAUGUAUAUGGUGAUAAUAAAACUCAACCUUCUUCUCUUGCCAAUACUUUUGAUUUGUAUACUACAACCAACUAUUAUGACAACAUUUAUCGCAAGGCAGAAGACUUGUAUACUUCCAAAGAUAACUAUUUAACACCUACAACUCCCACAAGGAUGUCAGUGACACCAGACUUAUUGUUUCGUUCACCUCGUAACACUUUGAAACAUCGUUUUAAUGUUUGUAAUGGCAGUAAUAAUAAUAGUAAUAACCAAUCUUCAUCAUCAGCUUCAGUAUCUCCUAUUAAUGUUUCUGCAAUCACCAAUAUGAACAAAGUAACAUCUCUAUACCAUAAAACAGAUUCUAAUUGUAAACAGGAUUUCGCUAAAACACUACCAUCUGUAAAUUCAGAUCCAUAUGUACUCGAUCAUCAAAAUCAUCAUGCGUCUAAUGGAUCGCCAACGGAACGUAAACACGGUGGUCUAAUACAAAAUAGAUGUUACAAUGAACAUUCAUCACAGUUGUCCUAUACACCCACACCAAAAGAAGAUACUUCUUACGUUAUGAAUUCAUUUAGUCGCAAGCGUCCUAGUUAUAUGAUGGAUGCUACUCUACUCAAAUCAAAUACUACUAAUCGUUUAUCUCAAGUUCAGGACAAAAAUCGUCAUUAUCAACAGCCAUCAAGUAUUAUCAAUCAGAAAAUAACUGUUCCUGAUGCAGCUACUACUACCAGUACUGUUGUUAACCAGCACUUCAACAAUGCGCUGGUACAAACAGAAGUUAAGAAUGAGCGUAAACGUAUUCUUGCAAAUUCUAGUCCUAUUACAAUAGAUUCUGCGUUAUUCAAUAAAUUGUCAGUAGACCAGUCGAAAGCUUCAUAUUUAGAACCUUCCAAUAACACCCUACCCAUUUCUUUAUCACCUUCAUCCAUUUUAUCAAAUCAAGUUAACGUCAGUGGUGCACAUGUUAUCAUGAUGCUUUCACCAUCAACUACAGUUCCUACAUCUCUUCAUCUUUCGAAUACAGAUGAAAUCACUUCAUCAGACAUCAAACGAAUGUCAAAUAAUUCUACAGGUCUACAAUAUUCACUUACCUCUUCACAUAUUGAAAACUUUAACAGUUUUGGAGCUAAUUUAAACUCUAGUAAAUCAUCAUUUCCUUUACUGUUGGUCUCCGCCUCUUCAUCAGCUAGUGCAGCUGCUUUGGCUGAAGCUGCUGCACGAGCCACAGGAGCACCACCAACAAGUCUAGUACCUGUCCCUGUACAAGUGACUACCUACAUACCAGCAUCACAAACUGAGGAUAACAAUGGUCAGUUGAACAUUCAAGGCGAAAAUUCCAAUUCACAGAAUGCAAAUAGUAAUACAUCCAAUCAACAUUUUAUACUCUCAGUAAUGAUGAAUGAUAGUGAUGAGAAGUCGUCUUCAAUUCCAUUAGGUAUCAGAAAAAUACCACUUGUUUUAAGCGCUCCUAUUCAUCCCCCGAAUUCGAACACUACUCCUUCUAAUAUAAUACAUAUUGACAAUAAACAGCAUCUCAGCUCUACAACAGCAUCAAAAUAUAUCCCACUGAUCAACUCAUCGUCUGGUGGUAAACUAACCCAUCAAACUGCUUAAUUUAUCGGCGAUACUUGCUAGAGGAGAUCAUAUGUAUGUUUAUUAUUGUUCAUCGGAAAAAAAGUGUGCUUGUGAAUCGAUAAUAACGCUCCUUCUUCUAUUGUCCCUACUUGUUAUCGUGUUCCAGUUGUAAGUGACUAUGUGUUCGCCUCAUCCCUUCCAUUCAACACUUCUUCAAUUAACUAGUCGUUUGUAAACUCUCUGCAGCCAUCCAAUGUUGAUAUUAUUAUUAUUAUUACCUUUGUGUAGGCAAUUUUCUUUCGAAAUUUUCACACCCUCUUCUGUUGUUUCGUUUAUUGUCAUAGUUUUGAGUUUCGAUUCCUUUAUGUGACUUCCCUUCUUCCGCCUCUUCCUUAUGAUGAUAUCCGUUGUAAUUAAUAGGCUCUAAUUAACUAUUGACCAGGAUUUACUUAUUCUUCUGCCUGUUUUGCCGUUGUCCUCUUUUUUUUUGACAAAUAUUUCUACUUAGGUUUCACUAAAAAGUGCUUGACAUUAUUACUAUUAUUAUUAUCUCAAUAAUCUCUUUUGUGUUGCAUCUAUACGCGCCCGUUAACAUACAUUAGAUACACACCUUGAUUUACGUAUUCCGUCUCCACUUAAUCUUUUGCUUCUUGUAUUUAUGUGCGUGUGUGACGACAUCACUUCAUUGCUGUGCUGGCCACUUAUCAACCUGCUUGCUAAAUCUCAGUGUAUUUCUUCACUACAAUAAUAUACCUGUUAACAGGUUUUUGUUUAGUACUACGUUAUAUUAAGAGAGUAUGAAGAGAUUUCAGUGACUGCAUAAUCCUUCCCCCCCUCACCCUAUGCGCUGCCUUUCCUUCUCACGGUUUCCCUCCUAUGUUCUGGUUUCUUGUUACUUUCUUCUCGAAUCUUUUCAUACUUACAAAUGACCAGUGCUAUAUCAGCAUGACGUUUUUUCUUCUCUUUAUGUACGGUGUAAUUUUGGAACAAAAACACAUUAAAGUGACCACAAAUAAUUCAGUUGUACACCAAAGUCAAAUAUGUGAAUGAUACACUCAAAUACUGAGUAACUUACGUGAAUGAAUGUAAGAGAAAACCCCGAAGGAAAAAAAUGUAAAAUUGCAUUUCUCUCCUCUUUCUACCCCUCCCCCUCCCUACUUUGACUACCUGCGUUUCGUGUUCACCUCUUUAAUCGAAACCCCAACUCUAAAUACUAAAUAAAAUACACGUGUUACCCGGUCUUUGCUAAACUGCAUGUGUUGUUGUUGUGUUGUUUUUUCUCUCUCUCUCUUACUCUACGUUUGUAGUGGUAAAGUCAUGUGAGUAAUGUGUUGAUCUUGUCUUCUUAUGUCACAAUAAUUUCUGCUCUAUUUUUCACUUUUCUAUCAUUGACUUAUUAUGAUGAGUUAAGUUUCUUAUCAAUUUUCAUUGUAUUGCACUAUUUGUUUCUUAUGUUUUCAUGGGAAAGUUAUAUGUGUGUUUGUAAAAGAGAGUAUAGCAUUGCUAUUGUUCAAGUAGUUUUAACAGCAAACACACAGCACAAUUAUUGUUUCUUCUCUCUUGUUUAUCUCAGCUUUCCUUUUUUGUGUGUGUGUGUGUCUAGGUCAACAUUUGUAAACUAAGCGAUAGAUUGAAAGGAAAUAAAAACGGAAGUACACAACAAUUUGACAAAAUAUUUUCUCUUCUAGGAUGUGUUGUUCUGUUCUUUGAUUAAACAUUAUCCACUUAAUUUGCUGUGUACUCUAAUCCCUUGAUAAUUGUUGCAAUGGUCACGUUAUUUGUCAUUUCUCAUAUGUGUGUAUGUGUUAUUUCUCAUCUUUCAUUUCCUUCACAUCAUGAUCACUUCAACUAUGAAGUGUAUAUGUACGCGUGUAAGUGCCCGAGUGAGUAAAUACAAGUCAUCUUUGAAUGG